UCCAAUUGUUUCUUCUGAUUUGCCCUAGAAUUUGGUCAAUUCAAGAAAUCGUAUGUGUUUUUGGGGGAUUGUUGAUCUGAUCGCUUGUUUGACUCCGCUCGAUUGCGGGUAAAGUUACGGGGGAAGGGUAGGAGUUCGUGUGUUUACAGGGAUUCUCUUUAGGAUUUGUCUUGAUUUUGUUCAGUAGCAAAGAUGAGUGACAAUUUGAUGGAUAAAGUAAAUGCCUUGGGUGAACGCCUAAAGAUUAGUGGGACGGAGAUGAGCCGAAAGAUGAGUGCCGGUGUCAGCUCUAUGAGUUUCAAAAUGAAGGAACUCUUUCAAGGUCCGAACCAGGGUGAUAAGCUUGCUGAGGAUGCCACAUCAGAAAACCUGGAAGAGCCGGAUUGGGCCCUGAAUCUUGAAAUCUGUGACAUGAUUAAUUCUGAAAAAAUCAACAGCAUAGAGUUGAUUCGGGGGAUUAAAAAACGAAUAAUGAUAAAAAACCCCAGGAUUCAGUAUUUGGCACUGGUGCUGCUGGAGACGUGUGUUAAAAAUUGUGAGAAGUCUUUCUCCGAGGUGGCAGCUGAGAGAGUUCUCGAUGAGAUGGUGAAGUUAAUUGAGGAUCCACAAACUGUUGUUAAUAAUCGGAACAAGGCAUUAAUUUUAAUUGAAGCCUGGGGAGAGUCAACUAGUGAGCUUCGCUAUUUGCCUGUUUAUGAAGAAACGUACAAGAGUUUAAAAUCAAGAGGCAUUCGGUUCCCUGGUCGGGACAAUGAGAGUCUUGCACCCAUUUUCACUCCUCCUCGCACAAUUGCAGCCUCGGAGGCGGAGGCCAGUUACCCUUAUCCCGAACAGAUUCAUCAUGAUAUUCCUGUGCAAACCUUCACAGCUGAAGAAACAAAGGAGGCAUUCGAUGUUGCAAGGAACAGCAUUGAGCUUCUUUCAACAGUUUUAUCUUCAUCACCCCCUCAGGAUACUUCGGAGGAUGAUUUGACCAGCACACUCUUACUACAAUGUCGUCAGUCACAAUCAACCAUCCAAAGAAUUAUCGAGACGGUUGGGGACAAUGAGGCCCUACUUUUUGAGGCAUUGAAUGUGAAUGAUGAGAUUCAAAAAGUGCUUUCCAAGUAUGAAGAUCUGAAGAAGCCCUCAACUGUUCCACCUGAACCAGAACCUGCGAUGAUACCAGUCGCAGUGGAACCCGAUGAAUCUCCCUCCCAUCAUACCAAGGAAGACGCCCUGGUUAGAAAAUCCACCACCUCUCGCGGUAGAUCUCUCGGUGGAAGCAGCGACGACAUGAUGGAUGAUCUUGAUGAGAUGAUAUUUGGCAAGAAAGGUGGAAGUACAUCUGAUCGGGGACGCGAACCGAAGAAGAAUGAUUCAUCAAAAGAUAAUGAUCUCAUUUCCUUUUGAGCUUGGUUUGAACAGAUGAUUGUCAUCACAAUAUGUCAAUUUAGAAAGAUUUAUUUGAUGUUAAAAGAUCUUUAUGUAACAGUUCUCCAUACACUACAUGUUUAGAUGUCUGUUGUAACUUCUACAUUAACUUUCUGCACAUUUCUAAGCUUUUGAUGUUUGGAUUUGGUAACAUAUGAUGGUGUGUGGGUGUGUAUAUAUACACAUGAUGAGAUUUAUCAUUUAUGAAUAAUACAAGUUUGUAUUCACUUUA